CAAACACUCACCUACUCAUACCAAAAGAACCAAACAAACACAAUCUUUCCUCUCCGUACAUAUAUACCCAACCACUCGUUGCACAAACCUCUCUUCUCCCCUCACUUCCGGAUAAAACAACCCACACAAAAACAAUGCAUUUCUCAACCGUCUUCGUCGCUCUCGCCGGCGCCUCUGCCGCCGUCGCGACCGCGAUCCCGGCCCUCACCGAACGUCAGAGCGCCUUGUGCUCCGGUAGCUACCAGGCACAAUGCUGCGCCACUGAUGUCUUGGGUCUUGCCGACCUCAACUGUGCCACUCCACCAACCACCCCGACUGACCCAGAUGACUUUACCAACAUCUGCUCUGGCAUCGGUCAACAGGCCAGGUGCUGCUUGUUGCCAAUCCUCGAGCAAGGCAUCAUCUGCGAAGAUCCCCUAUAA